AUGGCGUCACGGUUAGAUUCCCCCUUCGAUUUGGAACGAUGUGGCCCAGCGGUGGACCUCGCUUUAGAGAAAGUCAAUGAGAAGUUUCUAGCCCACCAUAAUGUUGAACUUCAAAAAGUUCAAGGAAGUUAUCCAUCAUGCUCUGGUGCCUUAGCCCCCGGUCUGGCUGCAGAUAUGCACUUCAAAGAUGACGUCAUCGCUUUUAUUGGUCCUGCCUGUGCGUUUGCGUUGGAGCCAGUGGCUCGCCUGGCCGCUUACUGGAACACGCCCAUCAUUACCGGAAUGGGUGACCAGCCUCCGUCUGAAGGUGAAUUAGCAGCACCAGCGAGUGUAGUCAGCCGAAUGCACAGACUGAGAAAUCUUCGUAAAGGAACAAGACCACAGACGCUGUUUAACGACAAGGGAAAAUACCCUACUUUGACACGAAUGUCCUACUGCCAAUGUAGACUGCCGAGAGUCUUCACCAGUGUUUUCGAGCGGUUCGGAUGGACCCACGUUGCAUUACUACUUGACAAGUCGGAUUUAUUCUCGCUAACAGUUGGUAAGAGUUUGGAGUGGGGCUUGAGGAAAGAAGGAGUGCUGAAAGCUGUGAGGGAAUUGGAUGGGAACGAACGGGAAUCUUGCGAGGCUCUACUUCGAGAUGUUAGCAUGUAUGCGCGAGUUGUGAUAUUGAGCGUGAGGGGCUCUCUGGUCCGUGAGUUCCUGCUAGCUGCGCACUCUCUAGGGAUGACGAGGGGAGAGUGGGCUUUUCUGGACGUUGAGAUUUUUCAGGGUGGCUAUUGGGGUGAAACCGGAUGGGCAGCGGGCGAUGAACGCGACGCCGCAGCCCGAGCGGCCUAUGAAGCCUUACUUCGCGUGUCUCUUAAGUUACCCACUGGGGACCGUUUUGAUGACUUCGCGGACACUGUGCGGACAAAAGCUAAACAUCAUUACAAUUAUACCUUCUCUGACGGCGAAGAGGUGAACUUUUUCAUCGGCGCAUUUUACGACGGCGUCUAUUUACUGGGAAUGGCGCUAAAUGAAACACUCACUGAAGGAGGGGACAUCAGGGACGGGAGGAACAUUACUCGUCGAAUGUGGGGACGGGACUUUCACGGUAUAACUGGUCACGUCCGAAUCGAUGCUGUUGGGGAUCGCGAUGCUGACUACGCAAUACUCGACCUGGAUCCAGUUACUGGCAAAUUCGAGGUUGUGGCGUUUUAUCACGGCCUCAAUAUGAGCUACAAGCCUGUGGCGGGAAAGGCUAUACAUUGGCCAGGAGGAAGACGAGGGCCGCCCCCGGAUAAGCCCAGGUGCGGUUUCCUAGGCAACGACCCUAUGUGCCAAGGAGGUAAUACUUAG